AUGUAUCAAAACAUUUUUGUGGAGAUGGUGGGGUCAAUACCAGAGUACUACAAGGAUGAAAUGAAGCCUACCCAUGAACGCAUCCAUGAGCUCAAAGAAGCAGUUGAUUAUUGGAUAGACAAAGCAGAUGAUCUCAAUGAAAAGGAAGCUGCACAGAAAAGAACAAAGAAACUAAAGAAGAAGCUUGAACAACAAGAAGAACAAAACAAAAAGCUACAAGCACAACUAGAGGAAGAGAAAUUGAAGAGGAGGCACCUGCAGAAUAACUAUGAACUGCUUGAAAGAGAGAAAAUGUUAUGCAUUGAGACCAUGAAACAAAAUGACUUUGAUAUUGCAUCUUUGGCACUAUGGGGUUUACAACAUUCUUGA